AGAGCGUCUGAUGUUGCCGAUGACUGCCUGUGAUUGGCGCCUUUGGGCCGACGACUCUCGAGUGGUUAGGUCCCGCCCUCUUGCCGGUUAGGUUGAGAACUUCAGAUAAAGCCGGGGGAGACCAGCAGCAGCCAAACGAGGUUAGACAGAUUAUUGGAGAAACAGUUUGCUAUCUUCUUAUAAAAUAGCUGUGUAGGUUAAGCCCCGUGAACGAUGCUGUCCAGAUUGAGGGUGGCGAUCAGGCCGUGUGCCUGCGCGUCCCGCACUUUACACACCAAAGAGAAGGGCAAGCCGCUUAUGCUGAAUCCAAGAACAAACAAGGGCAUGGCAUUUACUUUGAAAGAAAGACAGCUCCUGGGUCUGCAGGGACUACUGCCUCCUAAAAUAGAGACCCAGGAAAUUCAAGCCAUGCGCUUUAAAAGAAACCUGGAGAAAAUGGCUGAUCCCUUACAGAAGUACAUCUACAUCAUGGGAAUCCAGGAGAGAAACGAGAAAUUGUUUUAUAGAAUACUUGAGGAGGAAAUAGAGAAUCUCAUGCCAAUUGUCUACACUCCCACCGUGGGCCUGGCAUGCUCACAGUAUGGGCAUAUCUUCAGGAGACCAAAGGGGUUAUUUAUUUCCAUCUUCGACAGAGGCCAUAUAAGGUCCAUUCUGAAAAAUUGGCCAGAAACCGAUGUAAAGGCAGUGGUGGUGACUGAUGGAGAGAGAAUCCUGGGGCUGGGAGACCUGGGCGUAUAUGGGAUGGGGAUUCCUGUGGGGAAACUGUGCCUUUACACAGCUUGUGCUGGAAUCAGACCCGAGAAGUGCCUUCCUGUCUGCAUUGAUGUCGGAACGGACAAUCCAUCAUUGCUGAAGGAUCCCUUUUAUAUGGGUCUUUACCAAAAGCGAGAUCGUUCCGAGCUCUACGAUGAACUUAUUGAUGAGUUCAUGGAAGCCAUUGCUGAAAUAUAUGGUCAGAACACCUUGAUUCAAUUUGAAGAUUUUGGGAACCAUAAUGCCUUCAGAUUCCUGAGAAAGUACAGGGAAAAAUACUGCACCUUUAACGAUGAUAUCCAGGGCACUGCAGCGGUGGCACUGGCGGGGCUGCUGGCUGCACAGCAAAUCACCGGUAAACCCAUCACAGAGCAGAGGGUUCUGUUCCUGGGAGCAGGAGAGGCAGCCCUUGGAAUAGCUGGUCUAAUUGUCAUGGCGAUGAUGGACAGUGGUGUAUCUCAAUCGGAAGCCAGGAAGAAAAUCUGGAUGUUUGACAAGCACGGUUUGCUGGUACAGGGCCGAUCAGAGGGUAAUGACAUGAACCAGGAACAAUUUGCUCACCAACCCCCUGCAGAAACGGUGAACAGUUUUCUAGAUGCCGUUAAUGUGCUCAAACCUACUGCAAUUAUUGGAGUGUCUGGUGCAGGUAGACUUUUCACCAGUGAAGUCCUCCAGGCUAUGGGCACCAUCAAUGAGCGCCCCAUUAUAUUCGCACUGAGCAAUCCCACGGCAAAGGCUGAGUGCACGGCUGAGGAUGCAUACACAUUGACACAGGGGCGUUGCUUGUUUGCCAGCGGCAGCCCUUUUGAGCCAGUGACAUUGAGUGAUGGCCGUGUUUUUAAACCAGGUCAAGGGAACAAUGCCUACAUAUUUCCAGGUGUGGCUCUUGCUGUGAUCCUUAGCGGAGUGCGUCACAUCAGUGAUCAGGUGUUUCUGGAGGCUGCAAAGGCACUAGCCGAACAGCUGACUGAGGAGGAAAUGAGUCAGGGCAGACUCUACCCACCACUUUCUAACAUCAGGGAGGUUUCCAUACGCAUUGCAGUAAAGGUCGUUGAAUAUGUGUAUGCCCAUGGCGUCGCCUUCCACUAUCCAGAGCCUUUGCAUAAAGAGCAAUUCAUCAGAUCGAAGAUUUGGAACAUAGAGUACGAUUCCUUUUUGCCUGACCUUUAUGAUUGGCCAGAAUCUGCAGCAAAACCGCCCAAACUCAAGUGAAGUUACUGUCCCCAAACAAGGAGACCAUGAGCAAAGUUAGUACUGACGGAUCAGCCCCCUUUUGUUUUGUAAUUUCACGCCCUUUAUUUGUUUAUUUAAUAUCAUUUUCAUAUUUCUUUCCCUUUUCAAUUCUACCUACCACAGGGAUUCUAUUUCUGCCUUUUAAGAAGGUUUUCAGGUUAAUGUCACUAACAUUGGAUUAAGCUCACUUAUUUUAAGUAAUUUAAUCGAUACAAUCAAUAGCAUUUAAUGAUUAAGACAAUACAGGGCUUCAUCUCAUUUUCCCCUAUUUGUCAUCUUUUGUGGGUAUAUUGUGCCUUUGUUAUACUUGUCUAUUAACCACCUUACUGUGUUUAUUUUACCAAUUUAUUUGCUUUUAAUACAUCUAGUUGCAAAUCGCCUUUGGACAAGUAUUCAAUAGCUACACUUGUCAUACAAAGAAAAAAUAUAUAAUCUUAUAAACCAUAGGGCUCUCUUGCCGUCCAAUUUAUAACAGAAAUUUGGUCCAUUGCAUUACAGGGCCAUUAUUUAUGACUUGCAUAGAUUUAAAAUGUCCUUCAUGCUUAUAAAAUUAUUUCAUGUGAUGUGACUUUUUGUUGGUGAAAGCAGAUGAAGAACAAGGGAUGUAAAAGCUUUGUGUAAAUCAUAAAUCAAUGAAACACAACACAGUUAUGUCAGAAUGCAAAAUGUUUAACUAAGACUGACAUUCAGUGAAUAAAACAAAUGAAUAAAAUCCUUUUGUUUUUUACCAACUGCCCCUUUUUUAUUUUCAUCUAUUCUAAUUUGUUAAUACAUAUUAAUAAUGAGUGUAAUGUGUUUUAUAGAAAGUGAGUCUACUUGAGUGCACUGAAGACCAUUAUUGAAACUCCUGUUGUCUGAAAUUAUUUACCAAAAGUAUAUCUCCUCAUCAUUGACAUAGGUGUGAGAUGUACUGCUAUAAAAUAGCUUGUUUUAUGGACUUUAUUUUUGUAAUAGUCUGUUGCCAUUUUUAAAAAUGCAGUACAUCAGAUUUGUUACCGUACCUCUGUUCCAGUAUGUUUAUAUUCUGCAUAUAUUGUCAUUCUGCUAAAUAAAGUUUUAUUUUAGCUCUAUUUCUAAUAAUUACCCUUUUUUAAAAUCUAGAUUAUGUAUUUAAAAAUCAGAUUUAAUUUACAAUUCUUACACAACAAAAAAAUCUCUAACUUUGAUUUUAAAAUACCUUUUGGUUACCUUUAGAACAGCUGGUUAGUUUUAAAUAAAUAUAUUUUCGAAACAGACACAAUACAACACUGCUUAAUCUCAAGUCAACAAACUAGCUUUAUUUGUGUAUUUCUUUGUUAUUCUUUAUUUUAGGAUGUUUUUGAUUGGUACAAUGCCCAUAAUGUAAAAUGUAUAAACUGUUGUACCAUUCAAAAGUAAGUGUUUCUUGGUAUUCUGAUGUAGAACCAAGUAUAUAAUCUUUUACAUGCCAACAGUUUCACUUCCUCUUCCUAAUCAGCUGGUGUUUUGGAUAGUGUCACAUGAUGAGGACCCAAAGGUGACUCAGCUGACAAAGUUUGGUUAUUUACUCUGAAGAAACUGAAGUCGUGCAUUGUCACACAAUUAUAUCUUUAUUUCUUUAAUUGUUUGUUUAUUUACUGUCAAAUUGCUUUAGCCAUUUUACAUUGUAUUACUGUAUUUCUUUUUUUGUAUACUAAAUCAAAUGUGUAAUCGUGUAACAUUAAAUGUAUUAAAUAAUGUAACUUAGGUGAUAA